AAGUGCCCGUAGUCUCGCAGCUGUCAUUCCAUAAUAUACAAGUCCACCCUCUCCUCCUCAUCGCCAGCAAAUAAGCGUUUGCAGCUGUCAGAUCUCUUCCCCCUCUCUCUCCAUCUCUGCCACUACUUUAAUAUAAAAUAAAUCAAAAACAAAAUAAAAACUACUCAUCCCCCUUGUUAAUUUAACAAUUAAUCAACAACCCAUCCCUCUCUGUUUCAAUUCAAUGAAACUCCUCAAAUUACCAACAACAACAACAUCAUCAUCAUCUUCAUCGUCAUCACCGAACUAUCUCCUAUCUUUUUCUCUGCCUCGCGAACUAGCUUGCUGCCUCUCAAUGAUUCUUCUGCUGCUGGAGCGAUGGAACUACAGGCAAAUAUAGAUCUGCAGCUACCGCAAAAUCAUAUCGUCGAGCAGCUGGUGUGGAUGGAUAGGGAAGAACCAUAGCCAGUAGUACUGGAAGAGUUGAUGAUUUAGAUUAAUUGACGCACGCACGCAUGCCAUGGCAUACCCGCUUUACCGAUCGCAGUUCGGCGACACAACGUUCACCAAAGUGUUCGUCGGGGGCCUGGCUUGGGAAACUGAGACCCCUGUAAUGAGAAGAUAUUUCGAGCAGUUUGGAGACAUUCUUGAAGCUGUUAUUAUCACCGAUAAGAACACCGGAAAAUCAAAAGGAUACGGAUUUGUGACAUUUCGUGAGCCGGAAUCGGCGAGAAGGGCCUGCGCCAAUCCGAACCCAGUGAUCGACGGAAGAACAGCCAAUUGUAACAUUGCUUCAUUGGGACGGCCACGGCCUUCGCCACCCCGAGGAAGAAAUCAGGGAGGGAGUCACUUCCAGCGAGGGGCACCACCGGGAGCAGCGCCAUCUUACGGCGCAGUCACAGCACCGUUCCCUCCAUUGCCGCCGUCACUGCCGCCGCCUCCUCCUCCUCCUCCUCCUCCUCCGAUCAUUUAUCCAUCUUACGGAUAUGCAACCUGCACACCUGACUAUUGGUACCAGCAGAUGCCCUACAACUCCCAACCUCAGCAACCACAAUACUAUCAUCAAUUGUACGGAGCAUCCUCUUCUGGAGGGGGCUCUCCAUAUUUUUAUGGAUACUCGUAUUCUUUCCAAGCUCCUAGGGGCACAGCCGGUACGCUCCACGGAGAUCGCACUGGAGCACGGUCUGUCCUUUACUAUCCUCCGCAAGUCCAGGGGACAUCUGCCUAUCCUCCUCAAUAUCCAGCGCCACGACAACUAACCAGACACCCGCUUCCUCAUUCUACAGAUUCACAAACUCCACCGCAUACCUCUACAGAAACAGAAGCAGCUGGGGUACCUACUUCAGAAAGUCCCAACAGUACCUAGAGCAUCUUAUCAAAGCAGAAUCAAGCGGUGCUCAUAAUGUCUCGAUCAAUUAUAUACAAUCUUGAGGGCUUCCUCAUAUGCUCUUCAUGAUCUUCUCUCUCCAUGUCUUUGUAGUUUCCUGAGAAUACAGCCUUGAAGAGACUACACUUGUCAUCCCAUCAGCUAUAUAUGGCAGGCAAAGAUGGACUAAUCAACAAAUUUAUGUUGAUCUUUUCUUCUUUUGUUUUUUUAAAGGCAAAGAUGGACUAAUCGACAAAUUUAUGCUGAUAUUUUCUUCUGCUUCUUCUUCUUUUUUUCUUUUUAUUUUUUUUACCCCAAAAGGACUGAAAUUCAUCCGUUAUUUUUUCAUUAUUUGAUCUACUCAUUCUAUGCA